AGUGUGGAAGAGUUUCAAAAAGUAUGGUUUACAAAUAUUAUUAUCAGAACAAAUAUAACGUUGUCGCAACAGCUGGGUUGUCAGCAAACGAUGACAGGCUCCGGUGGUACCGGCGAGCACGAGGGCGGCAAGAAGAAGCACACCAGGCCGACGUUCAGCGGCCAGCAAAUCUUCGCCCUCGAGAAAACCUUCGAACAAACGAAGUACCUAGCGGGGCCGGAACGCGCUAAAUUGGCCUACGCCCUCGGCAUGUCGGAGUCGCAAGUCAAGGUAUGGUUCCAGAACAGGAGGACAAAAUGGCGGAAAAAGCACGCGGCCGAGAUGGCGACGGCGAAGAGGAGGCAAGAAGAGGUCGAGGGCGUCGUCGCCGAGGGUGAGGAUGGUUGCAGCGACGCGGAGGCCGAGGGAAACAGCGAGACCGCGGCGAAGAGGCUGAGAAGGGAACUCGAGCAACAAUACAGGCAUUAA